AUGCCGCUGUUUUCUACGAAGCGGUUCCAUAUUCCAACGCACAAGAGUGUGGAGACAGGGGGCGAUGCUGAAGGGGACGCGAGGGAGGGCGAUGGGCCACAGCCAGGUCAGAUCAACCAUGCUGGGACGUCGUCGCGGUUCGGGGACCUGCUGUCACCACACAUCUCGAACUCUAUGAUGGAUCUGAAGCGGUUUUUGAGGCCUGGGGCGGCGGCGACGGCGACUCCGACUCCGACUACGACUACGACCACGACCACGACCACGACCAUGACGGUUCCCGGUGGCACCGCGGCCCGUCACGGGAGAAGGCACACUUCCUCGGAGUUACAAGACGAAACGGUCGCGGAAGCCGACACUAAGGCAUCAACUCCUCGGGCAUCCACUCCGAGGGCCUCAACGCCCACAAGGUCUAUCUCCUCCGCAGAGAUGAACGACGACUCGCUGCUAGAGAGCAAGUACGGGCAAGUGGGCCAGAUCAUUGGUUCUGGAGCCGGUGGGUCUGUUAAGUUGAUCAAGCGGCCCAGUGACGGGCGGGUGUUUGCCGUGAAGGAAUUUAGGGCAAGGAAGGACGGAGAGACGCUUUCGGAGUACGGGAAGAAGUGUACCACUGAGUUCAUCGUUGGGUCCUCGUUGCACCAUGCGAACGUUGUUGAGACACUCGAUAUUUUCAGUAAUGGGCCCAAGGACAAGUACUUCGAAGUGAUGGAGUACUUACCCGUGGAUUUCUUCGGCGUCGUGAUGAGCGGGGUCAUGUCCCGAGGGGAGAUCCACUGUUACUUCAAGCAGUUACUUCUCGGGGUCGAGUACCUGCACUCGAUGGGGAUUGCGCACAGGGACUUGAAGCUGGACAACUGUGUGAUGACGGAGCAAGGGAUUCUGAAGAUCAUCGAUUUCGGGUCUGCGGUGAUAUUCAAGUACCCGUACACGCCCGGGAUCACCCUAGCGCGCGGGAUCGUCGGUUCAGACCCGUACCUGGCCCCCGAGAUCGUGAAGCACCCUUCACACAAGUACGACCCGCAAUUGGUCGACGUGUGGUCCGCCGGGGUGAUAUACUGCUGCAUGGUGUUACAGAAAUUCCCUUGGCGUGCACCGCGCAGCUCGGAUCGCAACUUCAGGUUGUACGACAUGCCCGAUGACGAACCGCACGAUUACGAGCAGAGCGCAAGGGACCAUGUCAAGAUGAAGGCGGGCCCGGCACAAGAACCAGAGAGUAAAGACACCGAGGCAACCCCGCAACCCUUACCGCACCACCACCACGCGAAACACGGGCCCUACCGUCUAAUGCGGCUUCUCCCGCACGCAGCAAGACCUCUCCUGUCCCGUAUGCUCCAAGUAGACCCAACGACCCGUGCCUCGGUCCACGACGUGACCGCGGACGACUGGUUCAGCUCGCUCCCGGCGUGCACCGAAGUGGCCACGUCUGCCGCAGAACAUACCACCGUGCGUGCCCCAGGACACCACCACACGAUCGUCCGCGACGGCCAACCGCCGCUCAGGGUCUGA